AAGUAUUUAGUUUCACUUUUACAAAAAUGUUUACCAGAGAUCCCUCUGUUUAACAGCAUUCGCCACAUAGCAGAAUAGCAGAUAUUUUGUUAAUAUGCCCAGUACUAAUACAAUGAAUUCACUCAGUGUGCCCACCUGCCCACUCCAUUCCGUUCACAGCGCAUUCAUGUUGAGAGAGGCAGGAAAGGAUUGUGCAGACAUGAUUCCUUCAGUAAAAAUGAAAAAGUCCAGCAAUUUCAGAACACUUCAAAAGAUUGAAAAAGGUUGGACAAGAUGUUUGACAUUCAAUAUAACAACUCAGAGAACAGAACGUUUUUGAGUCACCUGCUCAUGCAGCUGGGUGUCAACAAAGCACCUCCCCUUCCUUUUUAGAGAAAUGCAAUUUGUUCAUGAUCACAAGUUUCCCUUUUUUUGCCUCCAAGUUCUACUUUGACUGGGCAUUUGACACCUAUCGCUUCAUGUUAACCCCCAUCACUUGUUCAGAGAACAACUUUGCAGACAAGGUCCGGCAUGGAGCAACUCACUUCCACUGUGGUCAACGCUAACUUCUCUACUGCAGGACAUUUGUCGCCGCACCCCUGGAAUACCAGUGAUCUUGUCACCGCGGCGGUGUUGUCCAUCUGUUUUCUCCUGGGAGUUUCUGGAAACAUCGCGGUGUUAAUACUCAAGCCCAACUGGCAGAAUAUGUCCAGUAUGAGCCAGAGUUUAAUGAUGAAUCUGGCCAUUUCUGACCUGCUCAGUCUGCUGACCCUUCCACUGUGGAUAUACGCAUAUUUGUUUGGCUGGAAAUUUGACCUGGUGCCAUGUAAACUUUUAGCAUACGCCGUAUACUGCAGCAUUUAUGCCAGCUUGCUGACUGUGACUGGACUAAGCAUCCAGCGGUACCUUGUCGUGGUGUGCCAGAGAAGGUGUCAGCAGGUAAAAGGGAGAACGCUGCUGUUCUUGUUCUGGUUGGUUGCCAGUAUCUUGGCCAUCCCUGCUUUGGUGGUUCGGAAUCUGCAAAUAAAACAGCAAUGGAUUAGUUGCCAAGCACAGUAUUCUUCUGACGCCCAGUGGGUGACUGUUCUGCUGACAGAGACUGUGUUUGGAUUCAUUUGUUUUAUUCUCGUGGCAUUUUCAUAUGUUUGCCUACAAAGAAGGGUUAACCAGUCAGCCUUUUUCAACAACCCACAGACAACCCGUCUAUUAACCAGUAUCAUCGUCAGUUUUUUUGUUCUGUGGGCUCCAUACCAUUUAAUAAAUGUGCUGGGAGUGGCAGCAAUAUGUUUGAAGAACAACAAUUUGCUCAACUUUUGCCAUGAAACCUGGAGUAUUUUUGGAGCAAUGACAUUCAUAAACAGUUGUCUAAAUCCACUCCUGUACGCAUUCACUUCUCAUAAAAUGUGCAGUUUUUGCAGAAAAACAGAAGAGUUGCAGCAGAGGUUCAGAAAUUUCCAGACGGAGAUCAGUACGAUUACAGAAACUCGAUGACAACAAUAAUAUGGUUUGACACCUUUCAUGCAAAAUAGAAAUGUUUCUUUCACAGGCAAAAGCAUUUUUGUGUUAUCUUUUAUGUGCAAUGUCAGAUUACUUUUUUCAGAGCUGGUUGUAGAGCACUUUUGUUUUGUUAAUCACUUGUGAAAUUAAA